AUGCUUGAGGCUACAUUUGCCAGGUCAUCAUUGUUUAAACGAAUAAUCAAAUCAACCAAAGAACUUGUAAAUGAUGUAAAUUUUCGAUUUACGGAAUCAGGUAUAGAGUUCAGUGCCAUGGAUGGGUCACAUAUUUCAUUCAUCUCGGUUUACCUUGAUUAUGACGAUUUCCAAGAUUAUACCUGUGAACGAGAGAUAACAAUCGGCAUUAGCCUUAUAACAUUAGACAAGGUAUUAAAUCGAGCGGGUGACAAUGAUACCUUAACCCUGAAACUUAAAGAAAAUACUACUGAUAGGUUAUAUGUGAUAUUUAUAAAUUCUGACAAUAGUAAAGAGACCAAAUAUGAGAUCAGAUUACUUGAUAUCGACCAGAAGCAAAUUGAUAUACUAGCAGUUGUAUACAAUGUAUUUAUUGAAAUGUCAUCCAGUGAGUUUAAAAGAAUAUGCCAAGAUCAAACAAUCACAGGAGAUCACCUAACCAUAACUACUAAUCAAGAAACAGGGGUUGUGAAUUUAAAUACGAAGAAUGAUAUUAACAUCAGGUGUACAACUAAACUAGAAAAAAAUGAUAGCAUUAUGAAUGAUAAGAUAACGAUCACAAUAGGAGAAAAUAUCAACAUGUCAUUUUCCCUAAAAUAUCUGAUAAGUUUCACCAAGACAUCUAUAUUGUCUCAACGAGUAAAG